UUUUAUUUAAAUAUACGUCUUAAUUGUAUUAUUCUUUUUAAGAUGUUUUAGAGAUCUAUUUUAUGGUAACUUUCCCUCCCGAUACAUGCAUCUGUGCGGGAUCGAAGACGCUUCGGUGACGGGAGCUUCCUGGCGCGUCGGGGUGUCAUUCAGUACCUGCCGUGCACGACAGUGGUGUGCGGGACGAAGGGUUUAUUUUUAAAACCGCACCUUGUAAAAUUUAGGAUCACAUACUCGUAGUGCAAACCGUAAUACUCACUGAAGGGAAGAGCGGCGGACCCCGAAGCAAACAUGUCCGGGGAAGUGCGUUUGAGGCAGUUGGAGCAGUUCAUUUUGGACGGGCCCGCUCAGACCAAUGGGCAAUGCUUCAGUGUGGAGACGCUGUUGGAUAUACUCAUCUGCCUUUAUGAUGAAUGCAAUAAUUCUCCGCUGCGAAGGGAGAAGAACAUUCUUGAAUACCUGGAAUGGGCCAAACCAUUUACUUCUAAAGUGAAACAGAUGCGCCUACAUAGAGAAGACUUUGAGAUACUGAAGGUGAUAGGUCGAGGAGCUUUUGGAGAGGUCGCCGUAGUGAAACUAAAAAAUGCAGAUAAGGUAUUUGCCAUGAAAAUAUUGAACAAAUGGGAAAUGCUGAAAAGAGCUGAGACAGCAUGUUUUCGUGAAGAAAGGGAUGUAUUAGUGAAUGGAGAUAAUAAAUGGAUUACAACUCUGCAUUAUGCUUUCCAGGAUGACAAUAACUUAUACCUGGUCAUGGAUUAUUAUGUUGGUGGGGAUUUGCUUACUCUGCUCAGCAAAUUUGAAGACAGAUUGCCUGAAGAUAUGGCUCGAUUUUACUUGGCCGAGAUGGUGAUAGCAAUCGAUUCCGUGCAUCAGCUGCACUAUGUGCACAGGGACAUCAAACCUGACAAUAUAUUGAUGGAUAUGAACGGACAUAUUCGAUUAGCAGAUUUCGGUUCUUGUCUGAAGCUGAUGGAAGAUGGAACGGUCCAGUCCUCAGUGGCUGUUGGAACUCCAGAUUAUAUCUCUCCUGAAAUCCUUCAAGCCAUGGAAGAUGGGAAAGGGAGAUAUGGACCUGAAUGUGACUGGUGGUCUCUGGGGGUCUGUAUGUACGAAAUGCUUUAUGGAGAAACACCAUUUUAUGCAGAAUCUCUGGUGGAGACAUAUGGAAAAAUCAUGAAUCAUAAAGAGAGGUUUCAGUUUCCAGCUCAAGUGACCGAUGUGUCUGAAAAUGCUAAGGAUCUUAUUCGAAGACUCAUUUGCAGCAGAGAGCACCGACUUGGUCAAAAUGGAAUAGAAGACUUUAAGAAACACCCUUUUUUCAAUGGAAUUGAUUGGGAUAAUAUUCGAAACUGUGAAGCACCUUAUAUUCCAGAAGUUAGUAGCCCAACAGAUACAUCGAAUUUUGAUGUGGAUGAUGAUUGUUUAAAGAAUUCUGAAACGAUGCCCCCACCCACACAUACUGCAUUUUCUGGCCACCACCUGCCAUUUGUUGGUUUCACAUAUACUAGUAGCUGCGUUCUUUCCGAUCGGAGCUGUUUACGGGUCACAGGCGGUCCCGCGUCCCUGGACCUUGACGUCAGUGUCCAGAGGACUCUCGACAACAAUCUGGCGACCGAGGCGUAUGAGAGGAGGAUCAAACGCCUUGAACAGGAAAAACUUGAGCUGAGUAGAAAACUUCAAGAGUCAACACAGACUGUUCAAGCUCUACAGUAUUCAACUGCUGAUGGUCCACUAACAGCAAGCAAAGAUUUAGAAAUAAAAACCUUAAAGGAAGAAAUUGAAAAACUGAGGAAACAAGUAAGAGAAUCAAGUCACUUAGAACAACAGCUUGAGGAGGCCAACUCUGUGAGGAGAGAGCUAGAUGAUGCUUUUCGACAAAUCAAGGCUUAUGAAAAACAAAUCAAAACACUACAACAAGAAAGGGAAGAAUUAAACAAGGAACUAGUCCAGGCUAGUGAGCGAUUAAAAAACCAGUCCAAAGAGCUGAAAGACGCACACUGUCAGAGGAAACUGGCCAUGCAGGAGUUCAUGGAGAUCAAUGAGCGGCUAACAGAAUUGCACACCCAAAAACAGAAACUUGCUCGCCAUGUCCGAGAUAAGGAAGAAGAGGUGGACCUGGUGAUGCAAAAAGUUGAAAGCUUAAGGCAAGAACUGCGCAGAACAGAGAGAGCCAAAAAAGAGCUGGAAGUUCAUACAGAAGCUGUGGCUGCUGAAGCAUCUAAAGACAGGAAACUGCGUGAACAGAGCGAGCACUAUUCCAAGCAACUGGAAAAUGAAUUGGAGGGACUAAAGCAAAAACAAAUUAGUUACUCACCAGGACUGUGCAGCAUAGAACAUCAGCAAGAGAUGACCAAACUAAAGACUGAUUUAGAAAAGAAAAGUAUCUUUUAUGAAGAAGAAUUGUCUAAAAGAGAAGGAAUACAUGCAAAUGAAAUAAAAAAUCUGAAGAAGGAGCUUCAUGAUUCAGAAGGCCAGCAACUUGCCCUCAACAAGGAAAUUAUGAUUUUGAAAGACAAAUUGGAAAAAAACAGGAGAGAGAGUCAAAGUGAAAGGGAAGAAUUUGAAAAUGAGUUCAAACAACAGUAUGAACGAGAAAAAGUAUUAUUAACUGAAGAAAAUAAAAAACUGACAAGUGAACUUGAUAAGCUCACAACUUUGUAUGAGAACUUAAGUAUGCGCAACCAGCAGUUAGAAGAAGAGGUAAAAGACCUAGCAGACAAGAAAGAAUCUGUUGCACAUUGGGAAGCCCAAAUCACAGAAAUAAUUCAGUGGGUCAGUGAUGAAAAGGAUGCACGAGGGUAUCUCCAGGCCUUAGCUUCUAAAAUGACUGAAGAGUUGGAAGCUUUGAGAAAUUCCAGCUUAGGUGCUCGAGCAACAGAUAUGCCCUGGAAAAUGCGUCGUUUUGCAAAAUUGGAUAUGUCAGCUAGACUGGAGUUGCAGUCAGCUCUGGAUGCAGAAAUAAGAGCUAAACAGGCCAUCCAAGAAGAGCUGAAUAAAGUUAAAGCAGCUAACAUCAUCACAGAAUGUAAACUGAAAGAUUCAGAGAAGAAGAACUUGGAGCUACUCUCAGAAAUCGAACAACUGAUAAAGGACACUGAAGAGCUUAGAUCUGAAAAGGGUAUAGAGCACCAAGACUCACAGCAUUCUUUCUUGGCAUUUUUGAAUACGCCUACCGAUGCUCUGGAUCAAUUUGAAACUGAUCCCGUUGAGAGCACAUAUGUACGGAAUCCGAACGUCAAGGUUAACAUCCAGUCAAGGUCCACAUCUCCUUCCACUUCUAGUGAAGCUGAGCCAGUUAAGACUGUAGACAGUACUCCUCCUCCAGUUCACACGCCAACCUUAAGGAAAAAGGCAUGUCCUGGUUCAACUGGCUUUCCAGCUAAGCGCAAGACCCAUCAGUUUUUUGUCAAAUCUUUCACUACCCCUACCAGAUGUCACCAGUGCACCUCUCUGAUGGUGGGUUUGAUAAGACAGGGCUGUUCCUGUGAAGUGUGUGGAUUCUCAUGUCAUAUAACUUGUGUGAACAAAGCUCCAACUGCUUGUCCAGUCCCGCCUGAGCAAACAAAAGGUCCUCUGGGGAUAGAUCCACAGAAGGGCAUAGGAACAGCAUACGAAGGUCAUGUCAGGAUCCCAAAGCCGGCUGGAGUGAAGAAAGGGUGGCAAAGAGCACUGGCUGUGGUUUGCGACUUUAAACUGUUCCUGUACGAUGUUGCUGAAGGAAAAGCCUCUCAGCCCAGUGUCGUGGUCAGUCAGGUGAUUGACAUGAGGGAUGAAGAAUUUUCUGUGAGUUCAGUCUUGGCCUCUGAUGUUAUUCAUGCAAGUCGAAAAGAUAUACCCUGUAUAUUCAGAGUCACGGCUUCCCAGCUCUCAGCGUCUGACAGCAGGUGUUCGGUCCUGAUGCUCGCGGAGAGUGAGAGCGAGAGGAACAAGUGGGUGGGCGUGCUCAGCGAGCUGCACAAGAUUUUGAAGAAAAACAAAUUCAGAGACCGCUCAGUCUAUGUUCCCAAGGAGGCUUAUGACAGCACUCUGCCCCUCAUUAAAACAACCCAGGCGGCUGCCAUCAUAGAUCAUGAAAGGAUAGCUCUGGGCAAUGAAGAAGGGUUGUUUGUUGUUCACGUGACCAAAGAUGAAAUUAUUAGAGUUGGUGACAAUAAGAAGAUACAUCAGAUUGAACUCAUUCCAAAUGAUCAGCUCGUUGCUGUGAUCUCAGGACGAAAUCGUCACGUGCGACUUUUUCCCAUGUCAGCUUUUGACGGACGAGAGACUGAUUUUUAUAAGCUGGCAGAAACUAAAGGGUGUCAGUCCAUAACUUCUGGCAAAGUGUGCCAUGGAGCUCUCACAUGUCUGUGCGUGGCUAUGAAAAGGCAGGUCCUCUGUUACGAACUCUUUCAGAGCAAGACCCGUCACAGAAAAUUUAAGGAAAUUCAAGUCCCAUAUAACGUGCAGUGGAUGGCGAUCUUCAGUGAACAGCUCUGUGUGGGGUUCCAGUCGGGAUUCCUCAGAUACCCCUUGAACGGGGAAGGAAGUCCGUACAGUAUGCUCCAUUCAAAUGACCACACACUAUCAUUUAUUGCACAUCAGCCCAUGGAUGCCAUCUGCGCCGUUGAGAUCUCCAGUAAAGAGUAUCUGCUGUGUUUUAACAGCAUCGGGAUAUACACCGACUGCCAGGGCCGGAGAUCCAGACAGCAGGAGUUGAUGUGGCCAGCAAAUCCUUCCUCUUGUUGUUACAACGCGCCAUAUCUCUCAGUGUAUAGUGAAAACGCAGUUGAUAUCUUCGAUGUGAACUCCAUGGAGUGGAUUCAGACUCUCCCACUCAAAAAGGUUCGACCCUUAAACAGUGAAGGAUCAUUAAACCUUUUAGGGUUGGAGACAAUUCGAUUAAUAUAUUUCAAAAAUAAGAUGGCAGAAGGGGAUGAACUGGUGGUUCCGGAAACGUCGGACAACAGUCGGAAGCAGAUGGUUAGAAACAUCAACAACAAGCGGCGCUUCUCCUUCAGGGUACCAGAGGAGGAGAGGAUGCAGCAGAGGAGAGAGAUGCUACGAGAUCCAGAAAUGAGAAAUAAAUUAAUUUCUAACCCAACUAAUUUUAACCACAUAGCACACAUGGGCCCAGGAGAUGGGAUACAGAUCCUAAAAGACCUGCCUAUGCCAGGCUUCCCUUAUCCAUCCCCUCAUCAUCACUCCGGCCUGAUCUCCUCUCCGAUCAACUUUGAGCACAUCUAUCACAUGACUGUUAAUUCCGCUGAAAAAUUUCUCUCUCCUGAUUCCAUAAACCCUGAGUAUUCCCCGUCUCUGCGCUCUGUCCCUGGUACACCAAGCUUUAUGACUCUGAGGAACCCCAGGCCCCAGGAGAGCCGCGCGGUGUUCAGCGGCUCCGUCAGUAUUCCCUCCAUCACCAAAUCCCGCCCUGAGCCCGGCCGCUCCAUGAGCGCCAGCAGCGGCCUGUCAGCGAGGUCCUCUGCGCAGAACGGCAGCGCGUUGAAGAGAGAAUUCUCCGGAGGAAGCUACAAUGCCAAGUGGCAGCCCAUGCCCUCCCCGUCAGAGGGCUCGUUGUCUUCUGGAGGCAUGGACCAGGGAAGUGACGCCCCGGCCAGGGACUUUGACGGAGAGGACUCGGAUUCCCCGAGGCACUCCACAGCUUCCAACAGCUCCAACCUGAGCAGCCCGCCCAGCCCAGUGUCGCCCCGGAAGACCAAGAGCCUCUCCUUGGAGAGCACCGACCGCGGGAGCUGGGACCCGUGAGUGGCUUCGGCGCUCAGAGCGGACGCCAGAGCAGCUUCUCCCUCUCGGCCCCUCCACUGCCCUGUCUCCACGUCCGUCCCCCGCCCCUGCCUGGAAGGCCCAGGGCCGGUGGCAGGAGCAGGGUGGGGGCUCGGGGACGCGGACGAUCGCACCUGCAGCCCCAGCUCCCUGCACCGCCCCCCCCAACUUAACAGCAGCAACCAUCAAGGCAGACUUCCACUGAACAGCUUCGAUGAGUAUCGAUUCCAUUUCAUACACUCAGAGUCGCUUCCCAUCAUCGUGUCCCCCUCCCGAAGGUAGCUCGAGUAGACAGACCUCGCAGACGUGCGCGGGAAGAGCGUCAGGCAGGCUGGUUUCCACGGCAGAGUCUCUGCGCCCCGGGCAGCGUGCGGGUCCCCCCGCCGGCCCGCGCCCUCCUCCAGCGCCCACAGCCAAUGUCGACCUGAUCGUUGCCAGUAAAUCCUUAUUCACUAAAACAGUGCAUAUUUUACUACAAUACAGAGUUUAAAUAAGUACACAAAUGUAGAGGUUAAAUACUGAAUGUAUAUAGUAAAAAGAAGCAUCUUGUAUUCAGCAAAAGAUGGAUUCCUAUAUAAGAGAGAGAUCAUUUAAUUUAAAGAAAUGUGUUGUUUCUCGUCUGUUUUCCAGCUAAGUAAUUUAAAGGGUAGGAAGGCCUCAAGCUGACAUUCUAGACCUCAGUAGAUGGAGAGCGCGGAGAGUCAGAGUUCCCUCUCUGGUCACGGCCACGGUCCCCGGGGGGGCUUUAGGAAAACAUUCCGAAACCCGGUCCAGCCGCUCUGGGCUGCGGCCCGAGCCCAGGCUCAAACCCUGGAAGCCUCUUCAGCGGUAGCGUCAACAGGCAAAUUUACUUCCAGGUCUUUCGGUAGCGGUAGAAUUUGAACCACACUCAGUUUUUACUGCAUUUUGGGAUCUCCUGCAGAUGAAUGUAGAAAUGCGAUCACCUCCUGGCCCUUCCGCUGAAAGCGCGCAGGGGAAGUCGUGGCUUCUGAAGGUCCCUGAAACGCUUCCUACGCGUCCUUUCCCCGGGGGCUAACCCUGUUUCUCCCUGCGUUGUUGCCACGAGGUGUCCUUGGCCCGGCCCCACUCAGAGAAGCCUGAGAGUUUAAUUACCAAAUAAUAGAAAACCUCAAAUGCAAGGACUUGAACAGCCUUAACCAAAUACUCUUUCCCGCCCCCGGUGGCAAACAGAAGCGCGGGGCCGCCAGGCAGGGGCCCCCACGGCACCCCUGCUGUUCCCGCCGAAGCGAGCGCACACCCCGGAGGCCCGCAGCCCUUCACAGUUAGUUCCCAGUUAAGCACAUGAGCAGAGAAAGAGAAAUAAAAAUAUCUCAUGGGAGUAAAGAGAAUCUGGCUUGCUUCCUUUUUGUCU